AUGGAGCUCGCCGAUCGGCCCGAUCUAGCUCCGGCGAGGAACAGAGGGCAGCGGCAGCAGCGGGCAGAGCAGAGGGUGGGUGGGCUGAGAAGUGAGAACUUGAGAUGUGGGUUUCGGGACUUCUCAGGCUUGUUGUUUCACAAAAUCAAUGGUAUUGGGAAGAAUCAAAGCAUUGCUUCCCAUUUACCAAACUUUGAAGACUCUCCAAGUAAAAGGGACCUCGAUGGAACUAGAAAUUCAAACUUUCCAGUGUUUAAUCUAAGAACCAUUAUUGCAACCACAGAUGACUUCUCUGUGUCUAACAAGCUUGGCAAAGGUGGUUUUGGCUCAGUUUAUAAGGGUUUGCUACAAAAUGGGAUGGAAAUAGCAGUGAAAAGACUAUCAAAAUAUUCAGGACAAGGAAUAGAACAGUUCAAAAAUGAAGUUGCACUAAUUGCUAAACUCCAACACAGGAACCUUGUGAGAAUUUUAGGUUGCUGCAUUCACAGAGAAGAGAAGAUGUUAGUCUAUGAGUACUUGCCAAAUAAAAGCUUAGACUCUUUCAUCUUUAACAAAACAAAAAGGUCAUGUUUAGAUUGGGAAAAGCGAUUUGAGAUUAUUUGCGGAAUUGCUCGAGGGAUCUUAUAUCUUCAUCAAGACUCAAGAUUAAGAAUUAUCCAUAGAGAUUUAAAGGCCAGCAAUAUUCUACUCGAUAAUACUUUGAAUCCAAAAAUUUCAGAUUUUGGUAUGGCUAGAAUAGUUGGGGGUGACCAAAUUGAAGCAUAUAAAAAUUGCAUCGUUGGAACAUAUGGUUAUAUGUCACCAGAAUAUGCAAUGCAAGGACUAUAUUCAAUAAAGUCUGAUGUAUAUAGCUUUGGGGUUUUGCUAUUGGAGAUAAUUUGGGACCUAUGGAGAGAAGGCAAAGCAAUGGAAAUUGUUGAUCCAUCACUUGGUGAGACAUACCCUACUAUUGAAGUUUCAAGAUGCAUUCAAAUCGGGCUUUUGUGCGUGCAAGAACAUGCAACAGAUCGGCCAACCAUGUCAGCAAUUGUUUUCAUGUUGGGUAAUGACACGACUCUUCCUUCUCCAAAAGAACCUGCAUUUAAUUUGAAGAGUACUUUCAAUAAUAAAGACAAAUUAAAUGGUGAAGCGGCUAAUUCUGUAAAUCAAAUAACAAUUUCUGAAGUUGAUGGUCGCUAAAGCACCACUCUACUUGGAGAAAUGUACUAAUAUGCCAUUUCAACAUA